AUCUGGUGCUGGAGACAUGGGACCUGCAGUGCGAGCGCAACGGCCGGGAGCACCGGACGGCGCAGAUGGGCUGCCAGCAGCUGGUGGUGCGACGGGGACAGCCCUUCACCAUCACCCUGCACUUCUCGGGCAGAAGCUACGAGGAGGGGGUGGACAAGCUCGCCUUUAACGUGGAGACGGGGCCCUGCCCCAUCGAGACAUCGGGAACCAGGUCCCACUUUGCCGUGAGUGACUUCCCCGAGGAGUUGAGCUGGAGCGCCGUGAUCCAGGAGCAGGAGGAGGGUUCCCUCUCCGUCUCGCUCUGCUCCCCUGCCAACGCCCGCAUCGGCCGCUACAGCCUGACACUGGAGACCUCCACCGGCUACCAGGGCUCCAGCUGCCACAUCGGGGACUUUGUUCUGCUCUUUAAUGCCUGGCACCCAGAGGACACGGUUUUCCUCCAAGAGGAGGACGAGCGCCGCGAGUACGUGCUGUCCCAGGAGGGACUCAUCUACCAGGGUUCCUGUGACUACAUCACCUCCAUCCCCUGGAACUUUGGCCAGUUCGAGGAAGGCAUCUUGGCCAUCUGCCUCAACCUGCUGGACACAAACCCCAAAUUCCUGAGGGACCAGAACCGGGAUUGCUCCCGCCGCAACGACCCGGCGUACAUCGGCAGGGUGGUGAGCGCCAUGGUCAAUUGUAAUGACAAGGACCGGGGGGUGCUGGAAGGACGGUGGGACAAUGAUUACGAAGAUGGGAUGAGCCCCAUGGCCUGGAUUGGGAGCGUGGACAUCCUCAAGAAGUGGAAGAAGUUUGGGUGCCAACCAGUCAAAUAUGGCCAGUGCUGGGUUUUCGCCGCUGUGGCGUGUACCGUCAUGCGGUGCCUGGGGAUCCCCAGCCGGGUGGUGACCAACUACUACUCAGCCCACGACACCAACGGCAACCUGGUCAUCGACCGCUACCUCAAUGAGACCGGGGAGGAGGUCCGGCGCUCCAGGGACAUGAUCUGGAACUUCCACUGCUGGGUGGAAUCCUGGAUGGCCCGUCCAGACCUGGCAUCCGGCUACGAUGGGUGGCAGGCACUGGACCCAACCCCCCAGGAGAAGAGUGAAGGGGUUUACUGCUGCGGGCCAGCCCCCGUCAAAGCCAUCAGGGAGGGCGACCUGCAGCUGAAGUACGACAUCCCCUUCGUCUUCGCGGAGGUGAACGCCGACGUGGUCUACUGGGUGGUGCGGAACGAUGGGACGCAGAAGAAAAGCACCCACUCCUCGGUGGUGGGGAAGAACAUCAGCACCAAGAGUGUGGGCCGGGACAGCAGAGAGGACAUCACCCACACCUACAAGUACCCAGAGGGGUCUGAAAAGGAGAGAGAAGUGUUUGAGAAGGCAGAGCGCGAGACGAGAUCGCUCAGGGAGGAGGAAGAGGGGCUGCACCUCAAGAUCAAGCUGUCGGAGGGUGCAAACAAUGGCUCCGACUUCGACGUCUUCGCCGUCAUCAGCAACAACACGGACACGGAGCGGGUCUGCCGGCUCAUGGUGUGCGCCCGCACCGCCAGCUACAACGGCACCGUCGGGCCCCAGUGCGGCAUGAAGGACCUGCUGAAUGUCACCAUCGGGCCCUGGGAAGAAAACAGGGUGCCCCUGCGGAUCCUGUAUGAGAAGUACAAGGAGAGCCUGACCCAGGACAACAUCAUCAAGGUGGUGGCUCUCCUGACCGAGCACCAGACCGGCGACGUCAUCGUGGCCGUCAGGGAUGUCUACAUCCAGAACCCGGAGAUAAAGAUCAGGAUUUUAGGGGAGCCAAUGCAGAAUCGGAAGCUGGUGGCAGAGGUCAGCCUGGUGAACCCCCUCACACUCCCCCUCAACAAAUGCAUGUUCGUGGUGGAGGGCAGUGGUCUCACCGACGGGCAGAAGAUCAAGGAGCUUGAGGAGCCCGUGGAACCGCAGGCGGUGGCCAAGGUCAGGUUGGAUCUCGUGCCGAGCCAGUCGGGGCUGCACAAGCUGAUGGUGAACUUCGAGAGCGACAAGCUGUCGGGGGUGAAGGGCUACCGCAACGUCAUCAUCGCCCCCCAGCCCAAGUGAGCGGCCACCACCGCCAGUGACAGGAGCAGGGAUGGGAAAGAGGGGCCGGUGGCGUUUUGGGGGGGGGCAGCCACUCGCUUCACCACCUUUCCCUCACCCCGUGGGGUGGGCAAUGUCCCCAACAUCCCUGUCCCCCAGCCUGGGCGCAGCAGGGACCCCCCGAGCCCAGCACAGCCGGGCAGUGGGCAGCCCCCUCCUCUUUGUGCAGCGCUGACAGCCCCGGCCCCGCAGAGCAGAUCUCAAAAACCAAAGAGCAGAACAACCUCCUCCAGCACUGAUUGCACCUCAGCCGUGCUCACGCGCGCCGGUAACAGUUCUCUGACCACCAUUGAGUAGAGCAAAGAUUGUAUACUGUGAGCACAAAGCUGUUUAUACGCUAACAUAUAUGACAAAUCUAUUUAUAGCUAUAUAAAUACAUACUGCAUAUAACCCUACUGCAUAGGUAAAGCUUUAAUAACCAUUCCCAUCGCUGCCACCACCGUGCAGGGAGGGAUGGGACAUUACCUUGACAUGAAUUAACUAUGCAAGCACUGAAUAAAAAACUCUAUUUUUCACUUUUAAA